CGCAGAUACGACCACAUGUUUGUGCCGCAAAGUGUCGCAUAAUUAUCGCAAUUCCCGGGCAAGUAAUGACUCUGAACCCCCGAAAGUCCUCAAAAUAAAGUGGAAAAAGUGAAGUGAUCGUCCCAGAGGUGAAGCGGGCCAUGUUAGGACACUCGUGGCGCUGAAUAACCAGAAUUAAUUCGUGAAAACGCAGGAGACAAUUCGCCCCUUUUUGCAAUUUUUCAUUUUCCUUUUUUCGAAAUAAAAUGGCUGACCGUGAUAGCGCAUCGGAGAGCGACUCGAGCUCGAUUGACGGUGGUCCAAUUAUGAUGCCACCGUCGCCGGUAACACGUGAACAGUUGCAGAAGAGGAUUGAGUCCCUUCAGCAGCACAAUCGAGUGCUCAAGGUUGAGCUUGAGACCUACAAGCUGAGGGUUAAGGCACUGCAGGAGGAGAAUCGCUCGCUUCGACAAGCUUCUGUCAUUAUUCAAGCUAAAGCAGAGCAAGAGGAAGAAUUCAUCAGCAACACUCUCCUGAAGAAGAUUCAAUCCCUGAAGAAGGAGAAAGAGACCCUGGCCCAUCACUACGAGCAGGAGGAGGAAUGUUUAACCAACGAUUUAUCCCGGAAAUUGAAUCAACUGCGCCAGGAGAAAUGCAAGCUCGAGCAGACACUGGAGCAGGAGCAGGAGUGUCUCGUCAACAAGUUGAUGAGGAAGAUCGAGAAAUUGGAGGCUGAGACGCUCUCCAAGCAGAGCAAUUUGGAGCAGUUGAGGAGGGAAAAGGUGGAGCUGGAGAAUACCCUCGAGCAGGAGCAGGAGGCACUCGUCAAUAAAUUGUGGAAGAGAAUGGACAAGUUGGAGGCUGAGAAACGCACGUUACAGAUUAAGUUGGAUCAGCCUGUCUCUGAUCCCACAUCACCCAGGGAUCUCAAUAACGGCGAUACUGCGACUAAUCUGAGCACCCACAUACAGACACUGAGGAGUGAAGUUGCUAGAUUGCGACAUACACUUCUCAUAUCACAACAAGAACAUACCGAAAAAAUGCAGCGGUAUGUGAACGAGGAGAAACAUAUUCGCGAGGAGAAUUUGAGACUCCAGAGAAAAUUGCAGCUCGAGGUCGAACGUCGCGAGGCCCUUUGCAGACAUCUGUCUGAGUCUGAGUCAAGCCUGGAAAUGGAGGAGGAACGCCAUUACAACGAAAUCGUAAUGUCUGGUAGCAACAUUAGGAAUCGCACAGUGUCGAGUCCAGUGCCAUACAAUCCAUCUCCAAGUUCGUCAAGACCCCUCAGUCCGGGGGUCAAUGUCGUGGGCUCGACAUCUCGCGACAGCUUCACCUCCAAUCGAUGCUUCGCCUGUGGACAGAGUAUGAUAAUACCGUUCUCCAGUUCACCGCCACCGGCAGGCGGUCACAUAGGACCACCAACAGGCAGACGCACUUCAGACAGAUUCGUGAAGCCAGCAAUUCCCCCAACAAUUGUGAGCCCAGGGGGACCACCACUGGCAGCACCAGCAGUCAACACAUCUGCUGGAUCACCCAUGGACAUCGCUAAAACAUAAAUACUCCACUUCAUUAUCCACUUCCCAUUGACAUGUAAUCGGUAAAAGGUACCCCAUUAUUAUUUUUCUCGUUUAUUCCUAAGCGUAUUCAGUUAUGAGGAAGAGCACGGUUCUGCCUCUUGUUCUGUGAGGCAUUGAAGAGGGGAAGGACAGCGCAAUCAAUAUACCCAGCGAAUUUUCUAACUAUUCAUUGAAGUGCUUGAACGAUGAAUAAAAUUCAGUAGCAGUGCCAAAACAGUUGGAGUCAAUUUUGACUAUUGUUCAGUUUUUAAUCAAUAUCUCGGAAUCUAAAGCAGAUGGUCAAAUUUUUUAUAUCACCUUUUUUGUAGAGCAGCACGAGGGCUACCAAAACGGUUAUUACGAAAAUUUUGCUAUCUCUCUUAGAUUCGGAGAUAUUCCUAAAAAACACAGCUAAGAGCAAAGUUGACUUGAAUCGUUCUACCACUUUCGUUGCUGAAUUAGAAUCUGACGAUUUUGUUAAUUACGAAAUUAUCUUGAAUUCAGAGUCUUUUGAUAUCUUUUCGCAAGUGAAAAGAAAUCACAAAUAAAUCGGUAAUAAUUCAUGAAAUAUCGGGGACUUAAUGAUGAAAAGGUUUCAACAACUACGAAAUUGUCUCGUUAAUGAGUGAUUUUAGAGGAAAAUGUCGAGAGACUUUUUUCAAGCUGACAAAAUUUCCUGUAAAAAAUGUAUUUUGACAUUUUCUCGCGAAUCAUUUCUUUCUAGAGAUAAUUGAACGAUUAAAAAACUCAGUCGUUGAGAGAAUUGAAUAAUUAACAGAGUAUUAUCUUAAAAAAAUUAAUUGCAUGAAUUAAUUGAACUAACUUUCGUGCUUGGGAGUUGAAUCGCAGUAUUCGCAUGCCCCCAAAACCCCUCACAAUCCCUGAACCGAAAUUUUCCUCAUUCGAAGUUUAAGUGAUAAUAUCGUGUCCUUUUUUCAAUUAAAAAUUACAAUUAAAAAAAACAAUUCUCACGAGUAAUCCAAUGUCAUAAUGUCAAAAUAAUUGAAUGUUCGUGUGUGUCGCUUGUACGCUUCCACAGACCUUGUAAUCUCGAUGUAGAAAAUUUGAAAACCAUUAAAAAAUCAUAUUUUCAACGAAAAAGUCAGAGAUGAAAGCUGAAAAAUUAAAAAAAUCUCAUCACAGUUAUCGAAAUAAACACUAUAAAUCAUUCAAUCAUGAGUAAAUCAGCACGAAAGUACGAAAAAAAGUCCUAAUAAUUCAAAACAAUAAACAGUUAUUCUCAAGAGUAAUAAAAAGUAAUUAAAAAAUAAAAGAUAAAUGAAGAUAAAGUUUGAAUGUUAAGUCUUGUAUACCUAUAUUUUUCUCGUUUAUAUAAAAUCGCCUAAUUAAUGAAACAAAUGUAAUACUAUGGAUUAAUAACUGUGUUGAAAGUGGGUAUGUUACUGGGUCAAUUUAAUAUUUAUCAUGAAUAUUAAAUAAAUAAGUACGUAUUGAAGGUACGAGUCACGUGUGACAUUGAUCCAAUAUUUAGAAAUCAAUCAAAUGAAUAAAAAGUCAUGAGAAUGAGUUAUAUGAAAUUAUAAAGAUGUUAGUGAGCGUAAACUGAUCUGCAAGCGUCUUGAAUUCAAGUUUUGCUGGUGUUUUUGUGAUGAUUAUUGUCACGAGAGAAUUAACCGCUAAACAAUGAUCGAACAUUGAUCAUUUUUUCGUGAAAGUUGAAGUCCCAGGUGAAAUUUUUAGCGACAGGAAGGGUUGUAGGCGAAAAUGUCAAGAGACACUUUUCGUGGGAAAUUUAUUUCUCCACAAAAAAGGACUGGAGAAAUUUUUCGAUAAACCCGAUGGUUUCGGAGAUAUUUAGGAAAUAGUCUGCACGUGAUUCUUCGACAAAUCUAGUAGUUCUCGAGGUAUUUGGGUUUCUUGAAGUCAUUUUUUGGAUUUGAUAAUUUAAUUUGCUUGCUAAUUUCCCUUCUUUUCAUGAUUUUCUGUUCAAUAUUAACGGAUAAUCGAGGCUUACGAAUAAAAAUGGAUAAUAAUCACUAGAAACGUGAGGAUUAGUUAAACUCAUGAAUUGCAUCGUCAACUGCCAGAGAAACUUAAACAAAUUGUUCUAUUGAAUACUCGACUGAGUGCAUUUAAUCCCUUACGAUCAGUUGAUAUUCCAGUUCAGUCUGUCACGUUAAUUGAUGAAUAUAACUAUCGCGGAUUAGUUAUUUUACACGCAAUUGGUCAAGAGUGAACCUGUGUUAAAGCGAUGAAACAAAUUGACAACUUGAGCAAGAACAGAGCUGAACAAAACAGGAAAAACCAAAACAGACAAUUUUAACUCUUGAUAAACAUGGAAUUAUCUCGACGACGAGUCGGUUGAGGAGAAAAUGUCAUAAGACACUUUUUGUAGAGAAUAUCGUCAGCUACAAAAAAGUUUCUCAUUGAUUUCCUCCUAAAAGCACUCGUUAUCGAGACACAACCACUUUUACCAAAAGUAAUAUUUCGAGAAAUCGUCAUGAGACGGAAUCAUUAUCAAGUGAAUGAAAAAAUUGUCACAAUUGUACUCUCGGUGCUUUAAAAUACACAAAUAUUAUUCAAUCCAAUCGGUCAACUCACUCAUUUGCUUCGACAAACAGCACAAAACGAUUUUCUCAAAUCACAAAAAGAAGAAAAUGAGAAACAUGUCUCAUCCUGAAAUAUUUAAACAUAGUGUCAACAUUUUUCAGUGCAUUUUCCUAAGAAACAACUAUUUGUUAAUGAUUUUGUUAGUUUUAUUCGUGUAUUAUGAUCAUUCUUUAUGUACUAUUACUCGUUUUGCUAUUAAUUCUGGUUUAUUACCUUUGGUUUUAAUGAAACAUCAAUAAAUAUUUGAAAAUUGAGGAAAACUUGGAG